AAGGAUACAGUAAUGAAUGGAAAAAACAUGCGUCUUGAUGGAGAAAAAACUUCCCCAAAACAGGAGAACCUCCAACUGAAGCGUGGGAUUGGAUUGUUUAGUGGCGUAUCCCUGAUUGCUGGCACAAUGAUAGGUUCUGGGAUCUUCAUGUCUCCUCAGUGGGUCCUCUACUACGUGGGAAGUCCAGGAGCCAGUCUGCUGAUAUGGGCGGCUUGUGGUCUGCUUGCCAUGCUGGGGGCAUUGACCUACGCUGAACUCGGAACUGUGAUUAAGGAGUCAGGAGGAGAUUACAUAUAUAUUUUAAGAAAUAUUGGCUCACUGCCUGCUUUUCUCUUAGCGUUCACUUCUAUCAUGGUGACUAGACCUGCUAGCAUUGCAGCGAUAUCUCUGAGUUUUGCAGAAUAUGUGGUGGCAUCAUUCUAUCAAGAUUGCCCAAUGCCCCAAGUGGUGGUAAAGUGUACUGCAGCUGUGUGCAUCCUAGUCUUAACCAUCAUUAAUUGUCUUAGUGUUAGGCUGGCAACCUCUUUUAUGAACAUUUUUACAACAGCCAAGAUCUUAGUAUUGUUGGUUAUAAUUGCGGGUGGAAUGGUUCUUUUGGCCAAAGGAAACACUCAGGUAUUGCAGAACUCCUUCGAAAAUACAGUCACUGGUUUCGGUCCUAUAGGAUUGGCUUUUUAUCAAGGACUCUGGUCGUAUGAUGGAUGGAACAACCUUAACAGUGUGACGGAGGAACUGAAGAAUCCCCAGGUCAGUGAGUACUGAAAAGACAUAAUAGUGGGAGUGAAGGAAGCAGAAAGGAAAUGAUUCAGUAAAGGUGCAUUUUUUUAUUCCCUCUUUGGGGCACAACAGUCAAAGAAUACAAUGGCAGCUUAGCAAGAAGCUAGGUGAUAUUAACAAUAAACACAAAAACACUAAUGAGAACCCAGUAGGGUUAGGAAUACAAAUGUGCCCUGGUGUUCUCCUAUCCUUUCUCCCUCUAAAGGUAUCAGGCUGGGUUUUGGGCAUCAAGUUCAAUGAUCUCAGCCAAUCCAAUGCUUUCCCGUAGGAGAGCAAUGGGAGGUUCGUGCGCAUGUGCAGCAAAACCAUCUGAUGGAAAUAUUGGAGUUCUACUCAACUUUACUCCUCUAAAGUAUGACAGUCGCUAUAGGUAGGUUUACCCAGCAAUGAAAACUUUGCUAUUCCUGCAGAAUGGCAAUAUUUUCAGCUGAAGGGUUAAAGCUGGUGGCACAUGGCACACUUCAUGGAGUGGUCUGGAAGUUUUCCUUGAAGGCCAAAAUAGCUGAGCUGGAAAAUUAUCUUAGUCCAUUUGUCAAGUUAAUUUACUUUGCAUUCUCACUUUAGUGAAUAGCCUCCCACAUUUAUUGGCAAGAUCUAAGUGUGACAAAUAUUGUAUUAUAGGUUAAUAAUAAAAAACAACCUUUAACUCCAUGUGAUGGCAUGACCUGUUAAAAUAAGGUACACCUCCAGUCAUCAGUAAAGCUGAAAAUGUAAACUGCAGAUAUAACCAUGACAGAUGUUUUUCUAACACACUUAUCAGUAGUCCUUAAAAUGCCUGGAAAUUAGAUUUUUUUUUCAAUCAAAAUUGAGGGUGCAGAUCACUUUAAGAGUGCCCAUAUGUCCUCUUUGCACUUCUUGAUGACUCAGAUCUUAAAGUGGUCUAUACCUGAUACUGAUUACAGAAUAUGGAGCUCCACCACGGGACCACCAUGGAUCCUGUUCACCCUUCACUGGACCACCAGUGAAUGUAAAUGGGGGAGGGAACAAACACCCACACAGCACUCGCCCACUCUUAGAUGUUUUUAUGUCUCAACUCGAAAUAUAGCCACCACACACACAACUAGCACACACAGACACACUCAGCCUCCCUCCAUACAGCUCUCAUCCUUCUCCACAUACAUAAAACUCAGCCACCACACACACUAGAAAAUAUGUAUAGAGGAUGCAGCUGUGGAUCUACAAAAAUCAAAAAAUAUAACAGUGUAAUACAAUUAACAAAGAAGUAUAUGCGCUCCCACUCUCUGCAUGACAGUAACUAGCCACACUCACAGGAUGAAGACUGAUAUGUAUCGCCUCCUUGAUGGCAGCCGUCACACCAGUAUAACAGACAGGACUCCAAAAAUUAUCCAAAUAAAAAUCUGCUUUUAUUUUUUACAUCAAGCAUAAAAGAGCUUGUAAAAUAAAAUGGAAAAAAAUAAUAAAAAAAAACAAGUAUGGCUAAAGGUCCUACGCGUUUCGCCCUACAUAUAGGAUUUCCUCAGGAACCAUAAACAUAAAACACUUAAAAAUAAUAAAGUAAAUAAACAGCAAAGGCAAUAAUGCUUUCAAACAGGAGAAGCCAGUAGAACACCCCCCCUCCCAACCCCACACCACCCUAUUAAGCUUACAAUCUAAAAUAUACCGUAUUAUCGAACACGUGAACAUGGUUGCAGCAGUUGGUGAAACACUAGAGAUUGCAACCUAUAAAUAAAUCUUUUAUAGCAUGACCCACAGCUAGUAACCCAGCGUUUAUUUAGUACUGUAACAAAGGAAGCAUCCAUAACUGAACAUCUCUGUUUGAAAAACAUACAGGUCUCUUGUUCUCCUCUGUUUCUUGAGCUGAAUAUGUUUGUACAUUGUAAAUGCUUGAAUCCAAACCCCUUUUUAUACAGCGUAUUCUUGGUUAUCUAUCGUUUAGUGACGGUGUUCGUGUUAAACUGUGCGUUAAGUCGAAUGACUUUUUAUUGAAAUGUAUUGCAGGUAAACCUACCUCGCGCAGUGAUGAUUGCCAUUCCUCUGGUGACCUUUAUCUACAUCCUGGUCAAUGUUAGCUACUUUGCAGCCUUAAAUCCCACAGAGCUUCUUUCAUCGGAUGCUGUUGCCGUCAGUUGGGGGUGAGUUAUUCUUCAAGUGGAUUUUAAAUUCAUUAUAAUGAACCACCAGGCUCUAGGACACUUUAAACAUACUCACUUUUUGGAGUGUAAAAACGUAUAUUGUUUUUGGCUUUCCUCCUCUCUUUACUUUAUUUAAAGCCCCCUGUAGUGGCUAGAUGCUAGGAGUACCUUGGCUCUGUUCCCGGUAAAGGGGCAAAUCGCUCCCCGUUGGGCUCCCACGAUUCUUUCAGCCCAGGUCACACACUUCUGACUUCUACAGAGCUGCAAUAGCCGAUCCAGUUGCCAUUCAUUGGCUGAGAGCAUCAGCUGACGGGGGCUGGCUAAUGAAUUAUAAUGAAAAUUCUACAUUUGAUACAUUAAUACAUGCUGCUGAGGAAAGUUGUAGAAGACAGAUUCUCUUGAUGACCUCAAUAAAAAUGUUUACUGAAUCAGGGAUCCUUCUUUAUGAUAAGGAUGGAGAGAGUGUGAGGAGGGGAGGAUAUCAUCUCAUGUAAAACAGUAUCAAAAAGGAACCAAAUCUCCUAUGUCUCCCAUAUAAAAGGGCGCUUCAACUCUCAUUUUUAACCUUUGCCCUUAACCCCUUAAGGACCAAACUUCUGGAAUAAAAGGGAAUCAUGACAUGUCACACAUGUCAUGUGUCCUUAAGGGGUUAAUGGGCCACUAAAGUCACCCAGAUCACUUCAUAUCAAUGGUAUGAACCAAUGCAGAGGACCUUUAGUUUUAACUCUGCAAUAUACAGCAUUGUUGUAUAGUAGAUGUGGUAAUGGUAUAUUGCAGGUUAAAUACGCGUCUAAUGGUACUCUUCCUUAGAAAGUUCACUGUGAGACUCGAAUCAAACAGUUAAUCUCACCUAGCCUGCGCUUUUUAUUCCCAAUAUUCUAUUUUGUUCUAUGAUGUUCUAUAAGAAGCAUCAGAGUGACAUCGCAGUAGGCCAAUCUAACAGCUGCAGGGACUCGAUAUCUGAGCUGGAAAAAAAGGUAUUACCCUUUUAUCCUGUUUUUUUUUUUAAUUAAGAUUUAGUGGGGGCCCUGAGUCUAAAUACACAGGAGAACAUUGUAGCAUUAGGAAUACAGGUUUGUAUUUCAAAUGCUACAAUGUUCCCUUAAGCAGGGAGUGGGGGGGAGGCUGAUUCUAUAUCAAGAUAGUUAGGGAUUUUAGGGGAUUACAAGCAGUCCAAAAUAAUAACAAAUGUUUUAAACUGUCUUAGAUUAGAAACAUAAUAUUAUUUUAAGUGUCCUUUAUUUUAUUGGUUAAAAUUUUUUUAUUAUUUAAAGUGUCCAUUUUAUUGGUUUAAAAAUUUGUAUUAUUUUAAGUGUGUUUUAUUCUAUUGGUUCUAUGUUACAAAUAAAAUUAUGUUGUUUCCCUAUUACUAUACAUAGCUUUUUAAAUACACUGCAAUAAGGGAAUAGAUGCAGAAUAAAGUGUUUAGAAUUAAGUAACAUUUCUUCACUGGAAUGUACACGUCUGUACAGCAUAUUUCCGCAUUUUCCCAAAAGAUUUCACAUAAUCCAUGAAUGUGGGUAAUGACAUUUUUGGAUUGUGGGAACUCCUGCUCUUCCCUUGUAUACAAUGUAAACAGUGACAAUUCAAAUGUUUCCCACUCAAGAUGUGAACAUUUUAAACAUCCAGCAUGUUCCACUGCUAUACUGAUUCAGAGGCAGACUUUAGAUAUUUUUGUGUGCAUUCCCCAUGGCAAGAAAAACAUGCCAACUUUCACAGUUCACUUUUUAAAAAUAUCUACAUUAGACAACCUGUACGAGCUCGCUAAAUUGGUUCCCACUGCUGCCAUCUUGUGCAAUCUUACUAUAUUGCACAUUGUGACUGAAUGAGAAAGACUUGCAGCCCAAGUGGCAAACAAGUGGCGUACAUCUUUAGUCAAUAUGCCAGCGAGUGCCAUUCACUGCUAAUCACAUCGGGAAAGACUUUAACCACAUAAAAUCAAAAAUGGCCAAUAAUUGUGUGUAUAAUCCAAUCUCAAGUUCGAGUUGAGCCUUACUUAUUAUAUAAUAAAAGCAAUAACUGUAAUUAUUUCACUAUUACACCCACUUCAUUUGCAUUCAUACUGUUACAAUUUAAUCCACUCACACUUAUAAAGAAUUAGGCCUCAGCUAUUGAUUCUACCAUUAAAUUCUAAUAGACCUGGGAGUAUCAUUGUUACCAUAAGGAUUGCUAGACUGGCAUUAGACAUCCAUCUUUUAUUUAUCCUUCCAGAGUUAAGGUUCUGGGUACGUGGACCUGGCUAAUCUCACUGGGUGUUGCUUUCUCUACCUGUGGUUCUGCAAAUGGGGUUUUUUUCAGUGGAGGGCGAGUGUGCUAUGUAGCAGCCAGAGAGGGGCAUCUGGUAAGCAAAACCUACAUUACUUUCUAGAAGCAUAUGUGUAACAGAACAGUAUUAUUAGUAACUAUUGUGUAUAGUGCAUUACAUGUGACAGCAUUGCAUGAUUACUGUAUUGCCUGGAUGGCUCCUUAAGGUCAUAGUUGAAAUCUAUAUCUGUAAAUCUUGUGACAAUAUCCUUAAAAAAAAACAGAUGGACAAAAUGAGUUCUAGGCAUUGCACAGAAAACACAAACUAUCCCCUAAAUUGUAGCAAAUUGAACUCGAAUUUAGGCUAGAAAAGCCAUGUGCAAGUUUAGUUGAGUUGGAGAAUUUUAAAUAUACAAAGACAAGUCCUGCGCGCCAACGUCCCCUACUCCUGGCGGCAGCAAUGACCAUAGUACACAUAAGCCCCAAUGCAUACAUACAAAAAUAAAUAAAUAAAAAAAGAAUCCCCAUGCUCAUUUAAAUAACUGGAGUUUUUUUUUUAAUAUCACUCCAAUGGCCAUUAGGUGGAAGAAGAUUCACCUUGCUUUCUUCAGCUUCAGGUAAAAAAAAACGAGACAGAGAGGGAUAUAUUUCCAAACCCCUACAUACUUAUUAACCCCUAAUAAGAAACACAUGGGGUGGUAGGCAGCCUGGUAACAUGGCUACGUGAUACAAAAAAAACAAUACAAACACACAACAUAAAGUCCUGCACUCAAACUCCCACUACUCCUGGUUGGCAGAGGUUUGCCUUGUCGUGGCAGGUGAGCUUCCACCUAAUGGCCAUUGGAGCUACCAGAUAACCUCCAUUUAUUUAGCCCCUUAAGGACCAAACUUCUGGAAUAAAAGGAAAUCAUGACAUGUCACACAUGUCAUGUGUCCUUAAGGGAUUAAAUAUGCAUAGGGAUUUGGGUAUUGAGCAGGUAACUCUUUUCUUUGCUUUUUAUUAUAUGUAUUGGGGCUGAUGUGUGCUAUGGUCAUUUACGCCUCCUAGGAGUAGUGCACACUAUAGAUAAAUAGAAAUCGCUCCAGAUGUAGGAAAAAACCUGCCCUGUUGCUAAAAUUGGGCUUAACCCAAAAUAAUCAAUUUAGUGAACCGAUACCUAAUGAGGGAAGGAUCCCAUCCUCCAAUUAAGGAUCAUUCUAAGGUAACGGCAAAAAAAAAAUUACUUUAUUAAAUAGAGAACCAAAACAUAUAUAUGAAAUAAACAAUGUGCAACCUGGUGUAAAGUGAAUGAAUUGGUCUGAACAUAGACUGAUUAAUUAUUUUAAAAGAAACAUGGAAAUCGAGGUUACAUGAAGAUACCUUAAUUUUACUUAAGCUUAAGAUAAUAUUUGAAUAGUGUGUAGUAUCUGCAUUUCGGAGUUAUAAUACUUUAUCAAGAGUUCUAAGGCGCAUUCUAACCCCAAAACGCACGUCGAGCUUUUAUGUCUAUUUGCUUUUACUUUUUCACUUUUUAGAAACAGGGACAUUUGGCACAUGAUGAUCACUUUUAUAUUUAGCAUCUAUUGACACAUUAGCACGUAGAUUGGACUGGGGGGCUGCCUCGAAGCAGCAGGCUGGGAGGAGAGGUUAGAUAGAUGGACGUGCUCUCCUUUAAAAUGAAAUGACUACUUUUUCCUACCUGCAUCUCCUUACCUUGUACUGAUUAUUAUCACUUUGUGUCUGUGCUAUUUGAGUCAAUCUUAUCUAUCUAAUUGGUCUAGCAGUGGAAUCUGACAGGGUUUGAGUGAGCAGCUUAAUAUAGUCCUUUUUUUUCCCAUAGGGGCAAUUUAACAUAUUGGGGUGAAAGGAGCCAUCAUUGUGGGUGUUUAUACUUUUGCUUUCUAAUAUAUGGUCACCUCUUUGGUGAAAGAGCUACCUAGGGAGGUGUGUUUCCUCUGAUGAAUGUACUACUUAAGAUGCUUACACAACAUCUUAAUAAUUAACCACAGGCAUACUUUCUCCUAACCUCCUAUAUGGCUACUGAUUGACUACUUACAGGAUAUAACACUUGUUCACUACAGUAAUCGAAUUUCAGUCCUAUAAUAACUCUAUGUGCAUCUUUCUAUCUGUCUAAUCCCUCUCUGUAACUCUCUUAUAGACAUUUUAAAUACAAUGCAGAAAUCCAUCAUUACAUUGUUGCAUCUUAGGGAAUUAGAUACACUCUAAUAGUUAUUGCAUUUCUAAAGCCAGAUGCUACAUACUAUUCAAAUAUUGUCUUAAGCUCAACUAAAAGUAAGGUAUCUUCAUGUAACCUUGAUUUCCAUGUUUUUUUUUUUAAUUUAUUAAUUCAGACCAAUUAAUUCACUUUACACGGGGUUGCACAUUGAUUGUUAUAUAUAUAUAUAUAUGUUUCUCUAUUUGAUAAAGUAAUUUUUUUGCUAUUACUUUAGAAUGAUCCUUAAUUUGAGUUUUUUUUCAUUGAGGCUAGGCUCCUUGUCUGUUAAGUGGGAUCCUUCCCUCAUCAGGUAGUGCACACUUUAUGUAAUAAUGAUGCCAAUUACUAGGCUGUAUAUAUUUUAUACCAAAUAGACAUAUUAUUUCAUUAUUUAUAUAGUUCCGUAGCGCUGUACAAUGGGUGGAUUAACAAAGAUGCGAUUGUAACCAGAUGGAUUGGACACACAGGAACAGAGGGGUUGAGGGCCAUGCUCAAUGAGCUUACAUGCUAGAGGGAGUGGGGUAUCAUGACACAAAGGGUAAAAGUAGGGGUCUCAAAGCAGGUUGCUAGAAAGGUAUUCAGUGAGGGCUUAGUAGGUUAUUUUUGACAGUUGCAGGAGAGGAGUCAGGGUGUGGGGAUGAAAAGCUGUUAACAUAUGGAUAUGCCAUAAUUUGCACCAGUGACUACUCAGAACAGCUAGUACCUAGUACGUAGUUAUCAUAGUAAUACUGCUGAGAACAUUGUUAGCACAGACUUGUGGGUGUAAUUUCUCCCCAAUUGAUUAUGACUACUUGGAUUUAUCAAUUGCCUGGGUUUCUCAUUCUCAGAAAAAUAACCGUUUUCUGAUUUAUUAGCCAGAUAUCCUAUCAAUGGUCCACGUGAACCGGCUCACACCUUCUCCUGCUCUGAUAUUCACAUCUUUCAUCUCACUUAUCAUGAUCAUACCAUCGGACUUCAGCAGUAUCAUCAACUUUUUCAGGUAUGUAUAUCAGUGAGCAAACUUAAUCAAACCAUGUUAGAACCAAACACACUUGUGUUCAAGAUAUUGUAUCUUUGAAAUCUAUGUGAUAAAGUCACUCUGUCAUGGUUAUUCACUGAAGUUUGAAUUGUCAAAAUUUCUAACUAAAGGGGGGUGGAGCCUGGCUGUGGAGCUGAUCAGACAUGUGCAGCACGAGCUCCCGGCUGAAAUACUAUUUUAAUCAAAAUAACCCUGACUUUCAUGCUACAUAAUCACUUAAAACCGCAUCACCCAAGUAGGGGCUGCAAAGGAGAGCAAAACGAGACCACUCUCGAAACGCUGAGUUGCAGGGAACACAGGCUGCAUUGAUGGGGCCUACCGCUGCGAUGACUAACCUGAUUAGUGGCCUAGAUGGAAGUAGGGGGCAUGGGUGAAGCGGCCGAUCACCUGGCCCAGGGCUCCCUGAAGGCUGAUAUAACCACAGCAGAGGACCAGCCACGAGCCUUCCUCCCCCGGCCCAUCCACGACGGUGGGGGAUAUCCCAGCACCCACCACUAACAAUCACGUCUCAAAGACUGCAUGCAUUGGGAGUCACUCACUCUAAAAUGGCGGAUGCCACGUGACAGUCGGCAAGUAUGGGGACAUGUGGAGAGCGGUUGAACGACACUCUGACUAAGCUGGAUGAAAUUCUUGCUGCCUUUUGGGCCAGAAUUUCAGAGAGGGCGCUGAACGCAGCUACAGCUAGACGAACAACUCCUGCACUCACACUCCCGGGCCCCAGGGGCGGACGCAGAAUGAUAGCCGCCAGAGGCUCCCCAAAGAGGCACAGAAAACGGGACCCAUGGCACAAGCAGAAACAUAGAGCCUGCCACAUGACAAGCACUUGCCCCCACAUCAAGCCGCAACAACCUCACAACAGACCAGAGGCACCCUGCCCACCAGGACAGCGCCGAUCAUCUGACAAAGCAGAGCCUCACCACCACAACUCGGAGACCUGGCACUUAGCCACACACAUGCCUCUGAUGUCUGUGGCGGAACCAGCCUCACCACUGGGCACUGGAGAAGACUGAUUGCCAGCCUCCUGCCCUGUGACUAUGGCCCCAUGUUGAAAGGCUUGAUUUUCCCCUGCAAAGACCUGAAAGCCGGGUAAUUUGGUACUUUCCCUAUGUGAGCAGUGUUACCCCAGAUAGCUAUGCCAUGGAGCCCAUUCGUAUAACGAAAGACUAUGUGAAAGGCUAUGGCUCCAUGGCAAUUGAACUGUAUGUAUGUGAUCUGAGCGCCAUUCAGUAAUAAUGUGCGCUCAGAUCUAAGCUAUCUGGGGAUAUGUUGAAUGUCCCUGUUUUAUGCAAUAGCUGCACAGUUAUAUAUUUUUAUGUAUUUUAUUGUAUUUUGCUACCAUGUGGCUAGUUGAGUUUUGCUUCUGUCCUUGGAGAUAAUUGGAUUACUUCCCAAUUUUCUCCAGGAUAGAAGACUCUGUGGAACUGGUUUUGGGCAGAAAAGCCAUGCUUCAUUUGGUCAUAAGGGACGUUGAUCUAACUUUUGACCCACUGGACCAAUUUGUAUGAUUUUGACGUAUAUUCGUAUUUGGAGUAUGCUGAUUCUGAAAAUGUAACACAUUUUAUGUGAAUGUGAUGCAUACUUUUUAAAGUUAUGAAUAUUGUGUAAAACUGUGUAUUUUCCUGCCUGUGAUAAUUAUAUUAACCCAUUGUGUAAGGUGAUUGUAUCACAGGCAGAGGGGAGGAUUUUGUGUGGGUGUGUCUGAGUGAAUUGUACGUGUUUAUUGGUUGUUCAUCAAAACCCUGUGGGCAUUACUAUGUUUGUAGAAUGUGAAUAAAAGAGGCCGUAUGAGCCAGUACAGUCAGUUCUACUUCACCCUCAAUUUGGAGUGUCGUCUCUUAUUGGGGGAACCUGCUCCAAGGGAUUGCUAUGCUCUGCAUACUCUCUUGCUAUAUUCACUGCUAAGCUCUUGUAAGAGCUUGUUCCAGUUUUUGCUCUCUGAAGGAGUCUACGGUGAUUAUGGUUUCUGCUGGAGUGCUGGAAACUCCCAGGAAGCGCUAUGAGCAUCCUUCAACUGAGGUACCCAGUCGGGGUGCCAGGUGAACCGUUACAAUGUCUCAGGAGACAGGGGCCCCCGGGGAUGGCAUUUGGCGACUGGAGGGGAUCGGGUGAGCACAGACUGGAGAUCGGAGUCUAUCAGGCAGAUCCCGCACAUCAUGCCUAAUAUCUUACGAACUGUCCUUUGAACGUUAGCUAAGCAUAAAGUAACAGCCGUUUAUAAAAUGUCAAUACCUUAACUCUUGCAGUUCACUGACGUAGUGCUUUACUCAUACCUCCUUUAACCGCUCAUGCAUUACUCCAUUUUAUCAGUCAGUCCUAACUAAUGGAACAACUUAAGCUUGUUAACGUUAAUGGUGCUGGUAUUCUUCUGUAGUUAGCAACAUGUAACCAACACUUUAAACAUAUAACCUGUCUUUAUUAACAACACAAUGCUACAUAAUUACAAGCCUCAGCGCAACUAGCCUUGUUAUAUACACGUUUAGCCUAGCAUGCUAAAAUAUGAAUCACUGCUAUUUCAUAUCCUGCUAUCCUCAUGUUAUAUAAAAAAAAUGUGCUGUCUUAAAUGCCACACUUAUGUAAAAUGUUAUGAAAAAUGCCUGCAGAUGCUAUCGUGGCUAUGCACAGCUGUUGUCACUUUUCGCACAAGAAAAAUAAAGAAUUAAAAAAAAAAAAAUAAUUCUAACUAAACUCAAAGAGAUUUUACAUUGUAAAACAUAUUUUCCAUACCAGCUGUUUUCAGUUGGGCUAUUUUGAACUAAAAUUUACUUUGAGAUCACUUUGAGAAUUCCUGAUAAUUCAUAAUUUACUGGAUUUUACUGGGAAUGGUGUCUGGAAGUAGGAAUAUUUUCUAUAUCUUGAAAGUUUAUGUAGUAUAUUUGUGUGAUUGUUGCUUAUAUAUAUUUACAAUUUAGUAGAUAUAUCCCAAGGGGAAAAAAAUAAAUAUAUAUAUAUCUAAUUAUGUAUUUUUGUGAUUGACACAUAUAUCUGAAAACAGCUUUCAAAAGCAGCAGCCUUUGCAAAUCCUCCCCUUCUAACUCCGCCCAGAUUUUCUGUGGCUGUCCAAUCACAGACUUCCCAAUGCAACUUAAUGAUACGCCUUUUCAAGGCAGUGGCCUUGGGCAAUUGUUGCCUCUUGAGUUUAGUUCCACUGAGAUAAGCAAACCAGAAAGUAACAGGACCAAUUGUCUAAUUGACAGCCAGGAGGGUGUAACAAGGUUCAUUUAUAAAUGUGUCACUUUUUCUAAAAUGAAAAAAAAAGAGGACACAUUAGCAAGCUAAAGUGCUUUAAGUGUGUGGUGUCCCUUUAAUUCCAUAUCUCUGUGGAAUGAAUCUAACAUUCACAAACAGUGAGCUAUUGUGCUAUCUGCCAAAGUCGAUCUGUAUUGUGAACAUAUGAAGAGUAAAUCUUUGGUUUCUGAUUCAGAUAACAGAGGCCUACAUUCUAUUAGACUAGAUAAACUAAUCUCGUGUAACAGGAUAGCAGAUUUCCUAUUGACCUCUAUAGCAAUGCAAUUACAAGAGAUAAGCAUGUCACUUCUCCUAGUGUCUAGUCCAGUCCUUGAUGGCUGUUGAGAGGGUGUAUCUGAUGAAGGUGAGUCUCUGAGUUCAUAAAUUAAAAACUCAAUUCAGUUCUACUUUUCACAGAUUAAAUUGUUAUAUUUGCAGUUUCACAGUCUGGCUAUACUACGGGGUAAACAUUGCAGGGUUCCUUUACGUAAAGAUUAAGAAGCCGGAUAUUCCAAGACCUUAUAAGGUAAAUAAAUCAGCAUUACAUUAAUCGUUAUACAAAUUAAAAGCAUAUUUCACGAUUCUCCUUAAAUUCUAAACCAGAUAUAGAAUCUGAAUGCAUUUUAUUGUGUGUCUCACCACAACAUAGCUCUGUCUUCUAAGAGAGGCUGCCUUUAUAAUGUGUCCUUUUCAUUACUGUUUAGUUAACUUGUUUUCCUGGCACUAUAGAGUCAUUAGUUUCCCCCCACCCUCAGGGCCCCCCUCCCGCUGGGAUGAAAGAGUUAAAACUCCUUCAGCCACUUACCUUUCUCCAGCGCCGGGCUCCCUUUGGUGCUGGGAACUCUCCUCCGUCUGCCGACGUCAGCUCCGAAUUCGCAUGCGCGGUCAAGUUCCUGUGCGCGCAUUCAAACCGCCCAUAGGAAAGCAUUACUCAAUGCUUUCCUAUGCACGUCCAACGUCUUCUCACUGUGAUUUUCACAGUGAGAAUCGCGGAAGCGCCUUAAGUGGCUGUCAGUGAGACAGCCACUAGAGGCUGGAUUAACCCUCAGUGAAACAUAACAGUUUCUCUGAAACUGCUAUGUUUUCAGCUGCAGGGUUAAAACUAGAGGGACCUGGCACCCAGACCACUUCAAUGAGCUGAAGUGGUCUGGGUGCCAAUAGUGGUCUUUUAACCCCUUAAGGACACAUGACAUGUCUGACAUGUCAUGAUUCAAUUUUUUCCAGAAGCGUGGUCCUUAAGGGGUUAAGAUAAAAAUCCACUAUCCCUCUUUUAGUAGAUAUGUAUUUACAUGGUGGAUUAUUAACUAUACACCAAAUUGUAGUAAAGUAAAAACUGAAUUGCAAAAUAUUGGCUAUUUGUAGCCAACCUGUAACUAUAGCUUAGAUAGUAAUAUAUUCCAAUUCAGACGGUUUUGCUUACAUUUUGCAGUUUGUGUUUAAAUUCACUUCAGUUUGGGAUUUAGGGAAUAAACUACAUAAAUGAACAGUUUUAUCUAAAGGAUUGCAUUUAGUCUUUCUUGUUUUGCUUUGUAAAUAUUCAAAGAAUAUUGGGAAGUGACAGUUUGCCUUUAAAGACAGAAGAGUGUCCAACCAGACAUCCUAUAACAUCAUACAUGCGAACAGUCAACUUGACAAAAGGUGGAUCCGUACACUCCACAGUGGGCAUAAUCCCAGAGGCCAGAAGCUUAUCUUGUGAUAAAGCAUAUUAGACGUUAUUAUAUUUCUAAAGAUUUUUAAACUAUUGUUUUGUUUUUUUCCAGGUUCCGAUCAUUAUACCCAUCAUUGUGCUGAUCGCCUCCGUGUACCUGGUUGUGGCUCCAAUCAUCUUCAGUCCGCAACUAGGAUAUCUUUACGUCAUUCUUUUUAUCCUAAGUGGUACUAUUCUCUAUAUUCCUGUGGUCCACUACAAAUGGUCUCCUAAAGUUUUCAGGUCACUUACCCUCCAUCUUCAGCUCCUGCUUGAAGUGGCCCCAGCAGAUAAAGAGCAAUGAGCUGCCUUUGGGGAGGUGGUAACACAUUAUAGUUUAAUAAAAUCAUUAGUUACUUUAUUUAAAAUCUGUCAACUUACACAAGUAACAGGUGUCAGAGUAACCCCAACCAUUACCAAAAUUUCCAUUCAUUUAAGGAACACUCCUGGCCCCAAAACAAGUUCCUCUCAAUAAGUCAGUAUGGUUCUUUGUUUGUUUGUUUUUUAAGAAUAUUUUUGUACAGAAAUAUCACUCGGGGAAAAGGAGAAGAUUGCACAGGGUUCUGCCUGGGAGCACAUAGAAGAAUAGACAAGGCACCUAUCAACACUUUUAAAUAACUGCCCGUGACAUACAUGCGCAGAGGAGAGCACAGCAGAAUCGUCAAGAGAUGCACUGAAUACAGAAGAAAAGUGAGAAGGGGGAGGGUAAAUGGUGGGAUAACAAUUUACAGCAAGGGCAGCCAUGAAGUACCUGUGAGCAGGGCCAUGCCCACAUCUUCCCAAGUAGCCUACUUCCUGGCAUGCUGUGCACCCCUGUACUCACAGCGACGCCAUCAGGGCUUCCUUUGAUCAGAUAUCCUCAACCAUUAACAUGGCGGGAAGGCAAUUAUGGGGAAUGGAGUUCCUGGGUGUCCUCUUACCUUCUGGGGGCUAAAACAUUUGCAAAAGGUUUAAUCCCAAAGUUGUCUUCAUUAAUAAUCUCAGCAUGCCUCCUCCUCCAUCCUCCGCACUGAUACAGAAGGCCUUUUACUUGGGCAUCAGUGAUGGGCUAAGAGCGUAAGCUGGCACACUCAUUCUAUUACUCAAAGACAAACUUUGUUCACAGACAACUUUGGGGUUAAACUAUUAGCAAAUAGUUUAACUCCAUAAGGUAAGAUGGCGUCCAGGAUCUCCAGACCCCAAAACAACUUUACGGAGAUGAAUGUCUCUCUACCUCCCAAGUACUCUGGUUUAGGCUUUCUGUAUACAUACCGCAUGCGCAUUCGGAGCUGAAAGGCGGAUCGGGGCGGAGGGAUCCCCAUACACACGGAUCGGGGCGGAGGGAUACACACUAGCUAACAGACACACACAUUUACAUACAUACAUACACACUCACUGACAGACAGACACACAUACACACUCACUUACAAAACAUACACUCAUUGACAAACACACACUCACUAACAGACACCAAACAGACUCACUAACAGACACACACAAACUAACACACUCAGUAACAGACACACAGUAACACACUCACUGACACACACACAAAAACUAAUAUUAACACACACACGUUUUUAAUUUUUUUUUUAGUUAAUCCCCCAGCCUCCCUACCUUUGGGAGUGCUGAGGGAAUUCCCUGGGGUCCAGUGGUGCUGCCCGGCGGCAGGUCCUGCCAUCGCACGAGGGAGCACUCUCCCCUGAGCACUCUCUGCCCAGCUCCCUCUCGCGCACCGCACUGUGCCGGAGCCCUGAGGUGGUGUACAUACCGGGCCCGGUCGCAGCCGCGACCCCUGCGGCCCCGGUAUGUAUGCCUCUGCUCACAAGUACUCUUGUUUAGGCCUUAUGUAUACAUGCCUCCAAAGUACACGUACUGGUUUAGGAAACAAAGUUCUUAUUUUUGGCCCAAAUUCUCCUGUCCUCCUUUCCUGUCUUACUGUCUCUCAUUUUUAGAAGUUCUAUGGUGUUGGCAUAUUUCAGUGAACUCAUAAUAAAAUGUCUUUAAAGUACAAUAAA